GUAAAACUUGUUAGAUAGUGGUAUGGUCAAGCAACGAAUUUACGUAUGUACUUACAUACAUAUAAUUGUGUAGUAGAUGUAUGGUAUUUAUGUAACGUGUGCUUGUCAUGUGUGGUAGAACGCGCAGUAUAGUUUCGUGAUAUAGAAGUAAAUCGAUCGAUUCAACAGAUAUAAUUUUUUGCAAGAAAAUAAAAGGAUAUGUGUAUAAUUGUAAAGAGUACAAGAAAUUGAAUACGCUAAAACGGAAAACAAGCAGAAUAGGAAUUAACAGAUUUUGAUUUGCUCGUUCUGCUUUGUGGGUGAAAUGUGUAAUCUCCGUAACUAAAUCAUAGCAAAUGGAAGAUUUUAAAGUGAAAGAUGAACCGAUGGAUGCGUUAAACAUAGACAGUCAGGUUAUGGUAAACGUUUUCUAUGAAACAGCAGCACCAUACAAUACAAUGCUUCCACAAGGACUCUAACUUAAACCUUACUUUAAGGACGAAAACAUUGUAAGCGUUGUACUUAAAGAGGAACCAGGCGAUAGGUUUGAUCCAGACUACAUGGAGGACAUCUGCUCUGGGACAUUCGAGAAGCGGUUGAGUUUUGUUUGUAGAAGAGUCAAUCGAUCCAACAAAACGAUUCUAGGUAAAACUCGAAUUGGAUGGGGAAUCCAGUAGUCAUCAAAAUUGGACAGCACAAAUUGCAAGCACAAAUUUGUGUGACAAAGAAGAUGGUGCUAUGCAAAGGUGCUUAACCAAUCCAAACUUUGCUCAAGUGCAUGAUGCAGAAAAACAUCCAGGAUUUUGUCAAAAUGGACAGCAACCGAAAUUUUAUAAAAUACAAUGUUCAAUUUGCAAAAAAUGGUUUUUGAAUAAUGAUUCUAUGGUUACUCACUUGAGAAUGCAUUGUAGUGGAAAUCAAUGUGAAGUUUGCCAACAAAAUUUUCAGGAUAAUUCUAGUUUACAUGCUCAUAUGUUGACUCAUGUUGGAAUGAGCCCACUGGAAUGCAAUGUCUGUCAAAAACGAUUUGCUUACAAAUGGUGUUUGCGUAGCCAUAUGCAAAUGCAUGUGCUAGAAAAACCAUAUGACAAUGAUGCGUUACAACAAGUGUUUAUGAAAAGACCAGAUUCUGAGCAUGAUCAAUCAUUGAACAUAGAGGAAAGAGUAUUUGAAUGUGAUGUUUGUCACGCGACGUUUAAAGAGAAAUCUAGUCUAAAUCGUCAUGUGCUUACUCAUACAGAGGAACGUCCAUAUAAAUGCGAUGUAUGUUUUGCAGCAUUUAGGGAAAAAGCAAAGUUGAAUAUGCACAUGACAUUACACAGUGGAAACAAACAGUUCAAGUGUACAAUGUGUCAUAGAUCGUUCACACAGAAAACAGCAUUGAACAACCAUAUGUUGGCACACAGUGGUGAAAAACCGCACGCAUGUAAUAUUUGUGAAAAAACGUACAAACGAAAGUCAGAAUUAAUAAGGCAUACAAUGGUUCAUACUGGAGAAAGACCGUACGAGUGUAAAGAAUGCCUAAUGACCUUUCGCGAAAAGGCAAAAUUAAAUUCUCAUAUGCUUGUCCAUACAGGUGAAAAACCACACGCAUGUCAAAUAUGUCAUAAGGCUUGUGCUCGAAAAUCAGAUCUUAAUAGCCAUAUGCUAUUACAUACCGGGGGUCAAUAUGAUUGUAAAGUCUGCGAUAAAAUAUUUACACGUAAAUCGGAUUUAAAUCGACAUACUUUGAUACAUACGGGCGAAAAACCAUUUGCGUGCGAGCUAUGUGACAUGGCCUUUAGAGAAAAAACUAGAUUAAAUUCUCAUAUGCUUGUGCAUACUGGCGAUAAACGGCAUGCCUGUCAUAUUUGUCAAAAAUCUUUCAAAGAGAAAUCUUCGUUGCGGAAACAUAUGUUAAGUCACACUGGUGAUAGACCAUAUGAAUGCUAUGUAUGUCAUAAAGCAUUUACUCAGAAAACAACGUUAAAUAGUCAUAUAUUAGUACACGCAGGAGAACGACCAUAUGAAUGUAGUGCAUGUCAGAAGAUAUUUAAGGAUAAAGCAACGUUGAAAAAACAUUUAUCCGUGCACAUAAACGAAAAAACCCAUGAAUGCCUGAUUUGUUUAAAAAAGUUUACCCACAAAGCUGCAUUAAAUAGUCAUUUAUCAACAAAUCAUACAUCGUAAUCAACGGGAUCUAGUCUAUUAUAUUUCGGCUUUUAGUUUCUUUCUAUUAAGCACUGUUCGUAUAUAGCCGCGUAAAGAUGAUUACGUCUAUCUACAUCUGUUUUAUAUGCUGACCGAUCCAAACGAUCAUAUUCUUUUCUGUAUAUCUUUACGUAUAAAGAUAAUAAAUUAAUUUCUAAAUAA